AUGGAAACAUCGGAGCAUAAAGAGCUCCGUCGUGUCGCCUUUUUCGCGAUUGUUGUCUCAACUGUUGCUGUUAUCGCAGCCGUUGUCACACUUCCAAUGUUAUAUUCAUAUGUUGCCAGUUUCCAAUCGCAUUUGAUUAUCGAGACCGAUUUCUGUAAAGUGAGUCGAUUCUUCUAGGCCCUAUAGGCCCUAUAAUAUAUUCAAAAACCUUUCUUUCAGACUCGCGCACGUGAUAUGUGGGCCGAGAUUCAUCACCUCGAUUCUCCACAAUUCCAACGUGCCAAACGUCAAUAUGGAGCUUCGCCAACCGGUGUCACAGCCGCUCCAUAUUCUAAUCCAACUCCAGUCUCUUCGGGAUACGGAGCUCCGGUCACCAAUUCUGAGCCAGCUCCAACAUGUUGCUCUUGUCAACAAGGUUUGUGAAGUUGCAAAAGUUAUUACUUCGUCAGUCGCGUGCGGCUGUGCGUCGCGGUCGAGAAAAGCGACGCACAGCCGCACGCGACUAACGAAGGUUUUUAUUUUUUACGACUGUCAUAUUUUUAAAAUUCGACAAAGGAAAAAAUCGAUAUGUGCAAUAGAGCGCACUUUCUCUCUUUCCCCUUUGAACUCUAAAUUUUGUAGGACCAGCCGGGCCACCAGGACCACCUGGAGAUGACGGAAAUUCGGGACAAGAUGGAAUUCGUGGAAACGACGGAACUGAUGGAAAAGACGGAUCACUUCUCGAAUCCGCCAUCGUAAACGAGCCAUGCAUCAUCUGCCCACCAGGACCACCAGGACAACAAGGAAUGGCCGGAUCGAAGGGACCACAAGGACCAAAGGGAGCCGCUGGAGAGAACGGACCAGAUGGUAAACCAGGAGCGAAUGGAAUGCAAGGACCACCAGGAAUGAUGGGAACUUUGGGAAGACAAGGAGUUAGUGGACCACGUGGAGCACCGGGACGUGUCAAUCAAGUCAACGGGCCACCAGGUCAACCAGGACAUAAGGGAAUUCGCGGACCACCGGGACCAAGAGGAGAGGCUGGAUUGGAUGGUGGAAAUGCUGAAGGACCACAAGGACCACCAGGAGAUGCUGGAAAGCCGGGACCACAAGGAGAACAAGGACCACAAGGACCAGAGGUAAGAGAAACAUAGGAUAUUGGGGUAUAAUCAUUUUGAAAUUUGUUCCAGGGACCACAAGGAGUUCAAGGAGAUGAAGGAGGUUGUGAACAUUGCCCAAUUCCACGUACUCCACCAGGAUAUUAA